GUACCGGUGGGAGCGGGGAGCGGGGCGCGGGGCUCCGAGUGCGGGCGGCGGACGCACGGGCAGCGCAGAUCUGGCGCCGGCCGCAGUCCGUGUGUCGUAGCCCGGACGCAGGCGUUGUCGGUUGAGAGCGAGUCCGCCCAAGCCUAGAGUGGCUUUUUCUUUCUCCUGCCCCGUCGGAAGCCCGAAGCCGUGGCCGCUCAGCCGGCGUCAUCAUGACCAAGGCCGGUAGCAAGAGCGGGAACCUCCGCGACAAACUGGACGGCAACGAGCUGGACCUGAGCCUCAGCGACCUGAAUGAGGUCCCCGUCAAGGAGCUGGCUGCUCUUCCAAAGGCCACGGUCCUGGAUCUAUCUUGCAAUAAGCUGAGUACUCUGCCGUCGGAUUUCUGUGGCCUCACGCACCUGGUGAAGCUGGACCUGAGUAAGAACAAGCUUCAGCAGCUGCCGGCUGACUUUGGCCGGCUGGUCAACCUCCAGCACCUGGAUCUCCUCAACAACAGGCUGGUCACCCUGCCUGUCAGCUUUGCUCAGCUCAAGAAUCUGAAGUGGUUGGACCUGAAGGAUAACCCCCUGGAUCCUGUACUGGCCAAAGUAGCAGGGGAUUGCCUGGAUGAGAAGCAGUGCAAGCAGUGUGCAAACAAGGUGUUACAGCAUAUGAAGGCUGUGCAGGCGGAUCAAGAGCGGGAGAGGCAGCGGCGGCUGGAAGUGGAGCGUGAGGCAGAAAAGAAACGUGAGGCAAAGCAGCGAGCUAAGGAAGCUCAGGAGCGGGAGGCGCGGAAGCGGGAGAAGGCGGAGGGGAAGGAGCGCCGGAGGAAGGAAUAUGACGCCCUCAAGGCAGCCAAGCGGGAGCAGGAGAAGAAGCCCAAGAAGGAACCGCAUCAGGCCCCAAAAUCAAAGUCCGGCUCCCGGCCCCGCAAGCCGCCGCCCCGGAAGCACGCUCGGUCCUGGGUAGUGCUAAAGCUUCUGCUGCUGUUGCUGCUGCUGUGUGUGGCAGGAGGGCUGGUUGCGUGCCGGGUGACAGAGCUGCAGCAGCAACCCCUGUGCACCAGCGUGAAUGCCAUCUACGACAACGCCGUCCAGGGCCUGCGUCGCCACGAGAUCGUCCAGUGGGUCUUGCAGACCGACUCUCAGCAGUGAGCGUGUCCCUAGCACCCGCUGCCUCCCAGCCUUGGAGCUUGGAUUCCUAUGGAAUUGGGUUCUGCUGGACACAACCUCUUUUUAGCAUCAGACCUACCUGCCAUCAUCAAAUGGCUGCUGAUUGGUACUUGAGCCCUCCUCUUUGUAGGACUUCUCUGUUCCUAGUCAGGGUCCCCUGGCAGAAUAAGGAGAGCUGGGAGGAGGGAUGCUUACCUGCAUGCCGAAAAGAAUGGGCUUGAGGGUGGGGAGAGAAAAAAAAAUCAUAGCCUUUUCUAGUUGUUAUACAAAGCUGUGUAAAGGCAAGGCUUGUUUCUACUAAAUGGUCAGCUGUCACUACAUUUAUACUUUUUUAUGUCACAAACCUUCCCUUUCAUCCUCCCUGGGCAGUCAGGGCAGAUCAGGAGGCAGUGUGUUACUGGGGACUAGGGGAACACUACACUCAGCAUAUCUAGCCUGAAGGGGGAUGGGGGAGGCAUUCUUAUUUCUGUAAGGACCUCAGGCAUCCAAGGCUUUCAGUGGCCAUCCACAAUCCCUAGCUCUGGGAGACUUCUUGACCACAUGGUCCAGUAGAACACUUCAAGACAGAGACUGAGGCCUCCCAGGAAGUGGGAGGUGGAACUGGACUUCCACUCCAGGGCUAUUUUCCAUUACUUGGCCUCCUUUAUUGGGUUCUGCUGGACCAGAAGUUCUGGUCAGGACAGGAGUUCUUUUUUCUUCAGAACUCACCCCAGGGGUGAGUGUGUCUCGACAACAGUGUAGACACUCAAGGCAGACAGUCAUCACUAACAGAAAUCUCCUGUUACCAGGACCUCGGGGCAACUCCUGUGGAAUCUUGCCCUGGCCGAGGUGGCUUCCAGUAAAAUGGCAACGUCCAGGCUUCUUGCCUGAGUUUUGGAGCAUUAACCUUCUGCUUGCCAGGAGGCCAGGAGGCAGGUUUCUGCAAAGCUACAGUGACCUGAUACCUCAGCGGCAGCCUGCAGCCUGGGCUUCCUGGGUACUAAGAUCUAGAACUGCUCGAUUCUCAGCCCGUAGCUGAAGGGAAAAAUGAGAACAGCAGCACAGCUGUGCAUUCCCUAGUGACCAGCACAAACAAGGGCAGCACUGUCUAUUCCCGUCUGCUGCGGCAGCUUUCUCUCACCUCUACCAUCUUUUCACAACAGCUGGAUGAAGGGAUCAGAAAUGACUGCCAUGGUGCUCACUCACUGGAAACUCCCAUUGUAAGCUUUUUGCCUCUCUCCAGAGGGAGCAAGAACCUGUGAGUUCAUAGAUAAAGAGGGUGGGGUCCAACAGGUUACCCUAGUGGCCUGUCUGGGCAGCUGUCCUGCCACUGGAAGAAAGGCCUUUGUUCUCUUCUCCCCUGAGGAUAGCUCUGCUGUGUAGGUCUAUACCUUACUCAGAACCACUACACAUUCCUCGCGUCUUCCUCCACGCUCCAGAGCCAUUGGUACAAAUGCUUUAUUGAAUCUAAACACAUAAUAUGUGAGAUUAAGACAAUACAGUCAGCAUAGUCAUCAAAUCCCAUUCCUUGGCUGGUUGAGGCAGCUCAGUGGCUGAGUCUAGUCAAGCCAACCUACAGGCGACAGCUCGCUCAUGACUAAGAGUCCAUGCCAAUUCUUUUGGAUUUCUAUGAUUAUUAAAUGUGUCUGAGUGGUC